CUGAAACUGGCGAAGGCGGGGUUUCUUGGCUUCUCGACGAAGUGUCGUGAAUGAAAGGAUGGAGCCCGGAGAAGCGCAGAAGUGGGAAGUUUAGGAAAAUGCCUGAUUUGAGUAAUUGAAAGGAGACAAUAACUGUCUUUAUAUUUGAUUACCUUUAACCUUUCAUAUGUCUUUAGUUAAUAUUUGUCUCUUCAAAAUAAGAGAUUUGAUGGCAGCGGCCUUCCGUGGCCUGUUUUCGAUCAGGCUCUGAAGUGGGUGCCCCUAGCCGAGGGGUCCUCUGGGUAGCCAAAGAUUUACGAUUGAUGAUAGCGAUGGCGGCUGGGCGAGGUGGAUGGCUUGGGCCAGCUUUUGGGCUGCGGUUGCUGUUGGCUACUGUGCUUCAAGUGGUGUCUGCUUUCAGGGCAGAAUUUUCAUCAGAGGCAUGCAGAGAGUUAGGCUUCUCUAGCAACUUGCUCUGCAGCUCAUGUGAUCUACUUGGACAGUUCAACCUACUUCAGCUGGAUCCUGAUUGCAGAGGAUGCUGUCAGGAAGAAGCUCAAUUUGAAACCAAAAAGCUCUAUGCAGGAGCUAUUCUUGAAGUCUGUGGAUGAAAAUUGGGGAGGUUCCCUCAAGUCCAAGUAUGUUCGUGGUUCAGACCCUGUACUAAAGCUUUUGGACGACAAUGGGAACAUUGCUGAAGAACUAAGCAUCCUCAAAUGGAACACAGACAGUGUAGAAGAAUUCCUGAGUGAAAAGUUGGAACGCAUAUAAAUGUUGCUUUAGUUUUGGCCUAUUUUGUUACCUUGUCAAAUGAAAUAUUACAGCACCUAGAAAAUAGUUUUGCUCAGUCUCUUACAGUGAGGCAUUAAACAUCUAAUUAGAAGUUGAAGUGGCAGCACAGCUCAUGAUAGCUAAGGAGUUGGCAAGCUUCACAAACCCCGUUUUUUGUUUUUUGGUUUUUUUUUAAUAAAUUUCUGUCCUCCUGCAUUUGUUAUACCACUAACAAAAUGCUUUGUAAUAGGCUUCUGGUUAAUUAUGCAAAUGAUAGUUUGUGAUAAUUGGUCUGGUUUAUGUACAACCCAUUUUUAAAUUAGAGAGGUUAAUAAGAGAUGAUUGCUAUGCCUCAUGUGCUGUGUGCUAUUUUGAAAGUAAUAACAGAAAACUACAAAGCAAAUAAGACAUGCCAAGCCUCAACCGCCUGAUCCUCAUAGCCUCUCAUAUUUGUGUAUUACCCUAUUUUCUUUUUAAUGGAAAAGUUAUAGUUUGUAAUGAAUGUACUGCUUAAAAACUUGGUAGCCUAAUUAUUGUAAAACAUUCAAGAGCUGCAGUGAGAGUGAAACAUUCACAAAGAUUUGUAUUAAUGAAGACUACACAAAAAACCUUUCUGAGGAUUUGUGUAGAUCCGAUAUUUAGCAAAUUUUUGUGUUUUACAUUCUUACUGAAAAGUUCCAUUUAAAAAUGACCAUUUACAAGACCAAAAUAUAAAUAAAAACUUUGAAAAUCUA